UCAUCUAAUAUGAGUAGAGCACAUUGAACCCGGAUGCAGGCAUGGUCGGGCCCUAACCUGCCCAUUUUAUAUCUGACUACUGACGGACGGGGUCAGUCAGUGACGGUCGUUCCAGGAACUGGGCAGGUAUUGUGAUUGCACGUGCAAUACGAAUGCUAAUUUUGGGUAUUGACCUGUGUCCGAUUGUCUUCAUCUCACGGGACAGAGUCUGGCAUCAUUCCUGAUAAACAGCAUAUAUGACACAUCCAUGCGUCGUGCAAGAUGAGCAGUGUCUACAUCUUGCCAUCGUCCCCGUGAUGUAGCUGUUCAGCAUGUCAAUGCUGACGAGAAGCGGUACGUUGGUCAGGAAGAACCGCGGAAGCGGCAAAAGGUCGUCUGUGCGCAGGACCAGAUCGGGCGGAAGUAGCACCAGCACACGCCCGGAUGAUGACGAGUCUUCGGUUCCGCCGUCACCCAUCACCAAGUUUGACCCACAUUGUCACCCCCGCGCCUCCCCAGCAAAAAGUGUUACAGGCACAGUUGUGUCCUUCAACGAUGACCGACAGCUGUACGAGACCAACCUUGAGUGGGACGCCGCUCUGUCCAGUGCUCACUCCAGCCAUGACGUAUUUCUACAACUGCAGGAGGCUAACAAAGAGGCUGACGGGGCGUGCGACUUCGCCUGCAGGGGGUGUUCGGUUAUAUGUAAAAGUACCCUUGUGACCGGGAUACUGGGGCUCUCUAUGGUACUUCCAAUAGUGAUGUUAUCAAUGGGUGUGAAGUACCUCAACGACUGUCCCCUUGAACCCCGUAUCCCGGUCUACCUGUUAGUGGGCGGGUGUUUCGGCAUGCUUAAGCUGACCAUCAACCUCUGGCGAGCGAUCCAGUCACGAAAAGACGAUAGUGCAGACACGUUCUAUGACGUAGGAGACAGCGCCGCUCUGACGUCACGCACGUACCGCGUGAUGAACCUUCUGUUGAACACAUUCCUAAUGGUCUGGCAGGUCCUCGGGUCCUACUGGGUGUUCAUGUUGUGGGAACCACAAUACUCGCCGCGUCUCCAUCGCCCAAGCGACUGGUGCGACCGGACAGUGUACAUGUUCACGGUCAUACAAAUCAUUGGUCUCUACACAUACCUGUGCCUUUGGAUUGUCGGGGUGUGUCUUCUGGCUGUUAUAUAUCGGUCCUCGUGUGUUGGGCAGAUAGAUAAUGUAUAAACGACUCUAUUAAAUGCUCAAUCACUGGUCAGGUCAGCUUGGUCCUUCCUAUGUCGGGCCAUCUUCCUGAGGCAAAGGGAGAUAACUGACUGUUCCACCCUUGCUGAACU